AUGGCUGCCACAGAGCCGAAGAGGAGGGGGUUCCGGCAGAGGCCCCCCCCCUUCCUCAAAUACCUGCAGAGCAUCCUGCGCAAGUACCCAGAUGGGGGGCAGAUUCUGAAGGAGCUGAUCCAGAACGCGGAUGAUGCGGGGGCCACGGAGGUGAUCUUCCUGUGCGAUGAGCGCCACUACGGGACCCAGAGCCUGGCCGCAGAGGGGCUGCAGCGAGCGCAGGGCCCGGCGCUGGUGGCCUACAACGACGGGCUGUUCUCAGAGGCCGACUGGGACGGGAUCCAGAGCACGGGCGACAGUCACAAGCUGCGCGACCCCGGCACCGUCGGCCGCUUCGGCCUGGGCUUCAACUCCGUCUAUCACCUGACAGACCUGCCGGCGGUGCUGAGCGGCCCCUGGCUGGGCGUGCUGGACCCGCAGCGGGUGGCGUUGGCGGACGGCGGGCAGCAGUGGCACCUGGAGGAGGCGGGGGAGCUGGCCGACCAAUUUGCGCCCUUCUGGGGGGCACUGGAAGUCAUGGGGCACGGCGAGGGGUCCCCGGCGGCCGGCCGCUUCCCCGGCACCCUUUUCCGCUUCCCGCUGCGCCACGAACCCUCCGGCAUCUCGGACAACCUGUACAGCCCCGAGCGCGUGCGCCAGCUCUUCCUGGCCUUCAUCCACGACGCCCCCACCUGCCUCCUCUUCCUCCGCCACGUCCGGCGCCUGGCCCUGAAGAUGGUGGAUGGCCAGGGGGCCACGACGGAGCUGCUGGAAACCACAGCCGCCCCGCGCCCGCUCAACGGGCCAGGCUCGGUCCAGGACGAUGUGGCCGCUGCGGCGCUGGCCACUGCAGCCUGCAUCAAGGCCGUGGCUGCGCACGGCACGGCCGCUGACGGGGACGCAGAGCGCGAGUGGCUGGUGGUCUCGGCCGUGCCGAUCGAAGGUGCCUUCCCGGAGCUGGCGGAGCUGGCGGGCGCGCUGGGGAGCUUGCCUGGCGUGGCUUUGGCGUACCCGCUGCGGGGCGGCUGUGCUGGGCACCUCUGCUGCUUCCUGCCGCUGCCAGCCACGGAGGAGAAUGCCACAGGACUGCCCCUCCACAUCAACGCCCCCUUCCACCUGACGGACGACCGGCGGCACGUCCAGUGGGCUGAAGAAGACUGCAGCCGGGACCACGCCGCCCGGUGGAACCAGCUGCUGACCGAGGCGGUGCUGCCGCUCGCCUACCGCCAGGCCGUCGUGGUGGCGGCAGCUUGUCCCGGCGACCCCUAUGGCGCCUGGCCCGACCCAGAGCUGAGCCGGCACCAGCAGCGCUACCGGAGCCUGGCGGAACGGAUCUGCCAGCAGCUGUGGGGCAUGGAAGCCCUGGUGCCAGCCGGCCAACCCGGCACACGCCGGCUCCGAGCCACGGACGCCGUGUUCCUGCCGCAGAACGGGGCCGGCGAAGCCACGCUCCGGGUGCUGGAGGACACCCUGGUGCAGGCGGGCGAGCCGCUGGCCACGGUGCCAGCCCACGUGCGCCGGGCGCUGGCCGCGGGCGGCCCGGCGGUGAAGGAGGCCACUCCGGCCUAUGUGCGAAAGGUCCUGGGCCGUGUGGGGCCUGCCCGAUACCCGGCCGACAAGCGGCAGCUGCUGGAGUACGUGGCUGGAGACAAGCACUACGGGGAACUGGCGGGCCUGGAGCUGCUGCCACGUGCUGAUGGGGGCUUUGCCUGCUUUGGGGGUGCCAGCGGCACGGUCUAUGCCGACAGUGAGGCCUUCCCCAGGAUCCUGCUCCCUGGCCUGGCUGACAGUUUUCUGCCGGAGGAUCUGACGCCCGCCCUGCUGAGUCACCUGCACUGGAUCGCGGAGCAGGGGCUGUUCAGGAACCUCGUCUCUCUGGACCUGGCUGUCAUUAAGCAGAACCUGAAGGCCGCCCUCCCCGCAGACUGGUUCAAAGGCGGCUCUGCCCACGUCACUUGGUGCCCGGGCGACCACCCUCGCCAGCCUCCCCGCCAGUGGCUGGCUGCCUUCUGGGACUUCCUACAGCACCAUGUCCGGUCCCUGGCGCCGUUUGAGGGCCACCCGCUCGUCCCCCUCACCCCCCCGGGCAAGGGCGCCCGUAGCCUCCAGCUGGCGCGGCUCUCGCCCACGCCUACGCUGCUCUUCCGGAGCUGGGAGGGGCGCAGCCUCACUGAGGAUGAAUCUGGCGUUCUGGAGGCUCUGGGCUGCACGGUGAUCCACAGUUGGGACCAAGCGCUCUGGCACCGGCAGCUGAUAGACUACGUCCUGGGGCCCACGGCUGGCAACGCGCUGAGAGCCUUCGACCACCUGGGCGUGGUGGGCGUGGCUGCCCGGCUGCGCUCCCUGCCCCCAGAUCGCGGCAGGAUCCUCUGCCAAUUUCUCUCCCAGGCGCCCGCUUCCUCCCUCUCCGACCGGGAGGCCGUGGUGCUGGGCAGCUUGCCCAUCUUCCAGAAGCUGCCCUCCAUCUUGCCGCCUUGCCCAGCCGGGCUGGUGGCAGCUGGCAGCUACCAAGCUUUGGAGAGGAGCACGGUGCCGGCGGUGCCCGAAGACCUGGUGCUGCCGGAGCCGGUGCUGCAGUGCCGGGACGAGGCGGACCGCCGGCUUUUGCUGCAGAGCCGGGACAGGCUGCUUGGCGCGGCAGAGCUGGCGUUGCUGGCGGUGAGGGCGGUGAAGAAGGAGGUGUACGCCAAGCAGGCGCCGGACGCCGAGCGGCUCAUGCUGUGGGUGCUGCGGCACGGGGACACCCUCUUCGGGCACAGCAAGAAGCUGCAGACGCUGUGCGAGGAGCUGGCCUUCAUGGACCGCGGCGGGACCCUGGCACGUGCCAACGAGCUCUUCGACCCCCAAAACAUGAUUUUCCGGGCCUUGCUGGGCCCCCGGUGUUUCCCACCCAUGGCUUUCCGGGAGGCGGCCGUGCUCCGGUCCCUCUGUGCCCUGGGCCUGAAGACCAGCGAGACAGCCAUCACCCCGGACCACAUGCUAGAGGCUGCCCAGGAGGUGGGCCGGCUCCAGCAGGGCAGAGAUGCCCCCGGGGCCACGGCCAAAUCCCGAGCGUUGAUUGACCUGUGCAACCGGACCUCCGUGCUGGGCCGCUUCUGCCAGAAGAAGCUGCAGCGGCUGCGGGACCUGGCCUGGGUGCCCGCCACCGACCCGACCGAGCGCCAGCCGAAUGGACCUUUCCUUCCCCCGGAGAGGCUGCGAUCGGCCCGUUACGCCGGCCUGGCGGGGCUGGCGAUGCCGCUGACGGAUGCCUUCAGAGAGCCGGCCGAGGAGAAGUUGGGGUUGAGCCGGCCGCCCCCCCCGGAGAAGGUGCUGGUGAACCUGCUGCUCCUGGCACAGGGGGACCAGCCCAAGGACACCAGGACGCUGCUGCCGAAGCUUCACGUCGUCUACCAGCACAUGCAGCAGAAUCUGAGGCAGUUUCAGGUGGCGUUGUCCCAAGCUGUCGUCUGGACCGGCAAUGGAUUCUCCGUCCCAGCCAAGGUGGUGCUGGCCUACCCUGCUGGCCUGGACUUGAGCUGCCUGGUGCCGAGGGUCCCCCAGGAGCUGCUGCCUUACCGCCGGCUCUUCCUGGCCUGGGGGGCGCGGGAUACAGUGGGCGAGGAGGAGCUGAGCCAGGCCCUGUGCCGGCUGGGGAAGGAGAUCGAGGGCCGCGCCGGAGGUGGCACCGAGGCAGAGCUGCGGCUGACCGUGGCCAUCCUAGACUGGCUGAAAAGCAGAGGGCACCAGGGCGACAGAGACCUGCCAGUGCCAGUGCAGGCUCCGGGAGGAUCCGGCUUCACUCUGCGUCCAGCCUCGUUGGCCCUGUAUUGCGACAUUGACCGGGCCAGCCUGGCAGAUCUGGAAGGUGACGACGCAGAGUUGGCCGUGGUGCAUGAGGCGGUGGCGCCGGCUACGGCCACCUUCCUGGGGGUGGCGCUGCUGAGCACGCGGGUGCUGCAGCCGCAGCUGUUUGAGGCGUGGGGGCCCUCGGAGCCCAUCACCACGCGGAUCUGGAACAUCCUGCGGGAGUAUACGGAAGAGGCCGACCUCUUCAAAGAGCUGAUCCAGAACGCGGAGGACGCCGGUGCCAGGGCAUGCUCUUUCCUGCUGGAUUUGCGGUGCCACGGUGGUGGCACGGCCGGGCUGCUGGAUCCCGGCAUGGCCGCCUGCCACGGCCCGGCCCUCUGGUCCUACAACGAUGCAGCCUUUACCGAGGAAGACUUAGUCAACAUCAUCCGGGUGGGAGCCGCCACCAAGGAAGGGCAGGAGGGCAAGAUCGGCAAGUUCGGUCUGGGCUUCAACACCGUCUACCACGUGACCGAUGUGCCCUCGGUGCUGAGCGGCAGCAGCCUCUUGAUCUUCGACCCCAACGUCACCCACCUGCGGAAGCACAUCCCCAACCCAGCCUGCCCCGGCAUCCGGCUGGACCUGCGCCAGCGCCCGGCCACGCUGACCACCUUCGCCGAGCAGUUCCGGCCUUACCGGGGCUUGUUUGGGUUCCAAACGCAGGAGCCGUUCGACUUCCCGGGGACACUCUUUCGCCUGCCUUUCCGCACCGAGGAGGAGGCCCGGGAGUCGCGGAUCAGCCAGGUGGCUUUCAGCGUCGACCGGGUCGAGAGGCUCCAGAGCGGCUUCCGGGACUUUUGCCACCUCUUGCUGCUCUUCCUACGUGGGGUGCGGGAGGUGUCGCUGAAGCGCCUUCCCAACCAGGCCCCCUCCCCGGAGGCCACCCAGUCCCUGGCCACGCUGUGCCGCGAGCAGAUCAAGAGUCUUGAGGAUGCUGGAGAUUCCAGGAUGGGCCAGUCCAGCAUCGAACAACUGACGGUACAGUGGGAGUCGGACAUCACCAUCAGCCACUACCUGGUACACACUGCCCAGGGCACCGGAGAGUCCUUGGUUCUGUUUCAGCAGGGGUUGCGUGACGGGACCCGGCCCUCGCCCCCCAGUGCUGGAGUGGCUCUGCCGCUCGCCCGCACUGAGCCGGGGAAGUGGGCUCCACAUCUGGAUGGCUUUGAAGGGCGCGUCUUCUGCUUCCUGCCCCUGCCCGUUGCCUCCGGCCUCCCGGUUCACCUCCACGGGGCCUUCGCCGUCCUCUCCAAUCGCAAAGGACUCUGGGAUGCCACAGUCAAGGGCGAGUGGAACUGGGCGCUGCUGCGCGACGCGGUGCCGGCUGCCUGGCUCCAAGCGCUGAGCCUGCUCCGAGACAUGCACCGGGAGGGUGACCUGGAGGACUACGAAUACCACACCUUCUGGCCGGACGCCGGCAAAGCCAGGCAUCCCUUCACCGAGGCCGUGAAGGCCUUCUACCACGCGCUGGCCGAUGGGCGGGACCUGGCGCUGUUCUCUGACGGCUGGCGAUGGUGCACCAUGAACAACGCCCGCUUCCUGGACUCCACCAUCACCCAUAACACGCGGGUGGGGAAGACAGCUGCGAAGGUCUUUGCCACCUUGCUGCCGGAGCCCCUCCUGGCCGUGCAGCUGCCGAACUGGGUGAGAUCUGGGUUCCAGGCCAGUGGCCAGGAGGACACCCUGCUGCCCAACACCUAUGACUGGGUGAGGUUCUACCAGAAGAUCGUGUUUGCCAACAUGGGCACGCUGGACGCACCCGACCGUGACGCCUUGAUUCUUCACGCCCUGGACAUGAGCGAUGCCACGGUAGACCAGCUGCUGGCCUCUGUGUCCUGCAUCCCUACCACCCCCCGAGGGCAGUUGCAGCCCAUCAGGAAGCUGGUGCACCCCCGGGGCAGAGCCGCCUUGCUGUACGACCCCCAGGACGGGCGCUUCCCCACUGGGACUGGCUUCCUGGCGCCGGAGAGGCUGCUGCGGCUGGAGGGGCUGGGCAUGGCCAAGGACGUGGUGCCGAUGAAGGAGCUGCUGGAGCGGGCCCGCACCGUGCAGGCUGUCUGGCAGCGUGACCAGCGGCAGGGCUGUCAGCGAACCUGCUGCAUCCUGGAGCUGCUGGAGCAGCUGUUGGAACAGGGUUUGGACAACACUGCCCAGGUGGCCUUCCGUGCCAUCCCCUUCCUGCCGGCUGCCUUGCCUGGUGCCCGCCAUGAGCUCUGCCGGCCCACCGAUCUCUACCACCACAAGCACAGGAGCCUGGUGGGGCUGAUCCAACCCGUCCUGGCCGGCAAGGACCUGGGAGGGGACUGCAGGUUCUCCAAGACGCUCCAGGACUUCCUGGGGCUGAGCCGCAAGCCACCGGCCGGCAUGGUGCUGCGGCAGCUGGCGGAGGCGUGCCAGGGCUCCAACGCCCUGCCCAAGCUGGAGCUGCAGGAGACCGCGCGGCAGUGUUACGCCUACCUGGACAAGCUGCUGAGCGAGCAGCCCACAUGCAAGGAGGAGGUAGCUGAGAAAGCUGUGGCAUUCUCCUUUGUCCUGGUGGGGGCGCACUUUGUGUCGGUGAAGGCAGUGGCCCGGGAGCUGUCAUUCGAGGCCUCCCCGUAUCUCCACCAGCUGCCGCAAGAGUACUGGGGGUUCAAGGCGCUGUGGGGGUGCGUGGGGCUGCAGGAGACCUUCGCCUUGGAGAACUACACGUGGGUGCUCCGGGACCUGGCCGGGAAGACAGCUGGGCGGAGUCUGUCCCCAGAGGAGCUGCAGUUGGUGCUGAGGCUAGUGACCAUCGGGCUGAUGGAGAAGUCGCCGGAUCGGCAGCCGGUGGGCGCUUACGAAACUCAGGGCAUCUACUUCCCGGAUCAGCAGGGUGUCCUGCGCCCGGUGGCCAAGUUGCACUUCGAUGACACACCCUGGCUGCCCCGGGAGGAGGGGACGCCCUUGUGCCACGGCCGGAUCCCCCGGGAGGUGGCACUGUGCUACGGCGUGCCCACCACCAGGCACCGGGCGCUGGUCCAGGGGAAGAUCCGGGGGCUGGAGCUGGCACCGUGGGCGUCGGAGUUCGGCGCCCGGGAGGAGCUGACCGUGCGGCUGCAGAACAUCCUGCGGGAAUACUCCUCGUCCUCCCGCGACGUGCUGAAGGAGCUGCUGCAGAACGCUGACGACGCCGGUGCCAGCCGGAUCCACUUCGUCUGGGACCGGCGCCACCACCCCACCCAGCGCAUCAUCUCCGAGGAGUGGGGUGGCCUGCAAGGCCCCGCCCUCUGCGUCUACAACGACAAGCCCCUGACGCAGGAGGACAUCGAGGGCAUCCAGCGGCUGGGCGUGGGGGGCAAAGGUGGGCGGCAGGACAAGACGGGCAAGUACGGACUGGGUUUUAACGCUGUCUUCCACCUGACGGACUGCCCUGCCUUCAUGACGGGCGACAGCGCCCUGGGCGUCUUUGAUCCCCAUCUCCGCUAUGUGCCCACAGCCAACGAGCAGUACCCGGGCGCCAUGUUCAGCGUCAACGGGGACUUCAAGAAGACCUUCCCCGAUGUCUACACCACCUUCCUACCCGACCUCUUCGACCUGAGCCAGGGCGUGCUCUUCCGGCUGCCGCUGCGGACGGCGGAGGGCGCGGCUGGCUCGCGGGUGUGCCCGCGGGUUAUCCACGAAGAGGUCCUGGAGGAGAUGCAGGAGGCGCUGGCGCAGGAGGCCGAGAGCUUGGUGCUGUUCCUUCGCCAUCUGAGGACCGUCGUCUUCUCCGAGAUCACCGAGGGCGGGGUGCAGCCGCGGGAGCUGCUGCGGGUGGAGACGGAGAUGGAGGAAGGCAGCCUAGCACUGCGAAGGGCAUUCCAGGAGCGGCUGAGCCAAAUGGCUGUGUCGGGCAGCGAGGAGGCCACGCCGGUGAGGGUGGUCUACACGAUGAAAGUCAGUCACGGCCGCUCUCGGCCUCCCACCAGCUGGGGAGUAGUGUGGCAGGCCGGGGUGGACGACGCAGCCAAGAAGGAGUGUCCAGACCCGGAGCGCCUACCGUACGGCGCCGUGGCCGCCUGCCUGGACGCAGUCCUGCCUGGCAGGGCCUUCUGCACCCUGCCGCUGCCGCUGGAGACCGGCCUGCCCGUCCACAUCAACGGCAACUUCUCGGUGGACUCGGCUCGCCGCGACCUGCACAAAGAGGACGGCGGGAGCCGGAACACGGCCUGGAACGGUUUCCUGAUGCAGUGGCUGCUGGCCCCGCUCUAUUGCCGGCUGCUGGAUUGGCUGCGGAAGAAGCUGGGGGAGGGGCUGCGCUUCGUGACACUGCAGGCCUGCUUGGAGAUGCUGGAGCCAAAAUAUCUCAGAUACUUCCCAGCCGUGAGGGAGCGCGUGCCCCCGCCCUGGCACCAGCUGGUCAAACGGGUCUACGAGCUCAUUGCGGAGAUGCAGCAGCCCCUGAUACCCAUUUACCAGACAGAGACCAUCCGCCGCCAUGUGCACAGUGUGGAGAUGGUGAGAAUCACAUGGACUGCGACCGGUCAGGGCCACGUGCUCCAGGAGCCCUUCUUCCUGCAGGAGGAGGCCCAUGACUCCAUGAGCCGUGUCCUCCAAAGACUUGAGAUGAAGCUCGUCCCGGCCUUCCACAGCCUCCGACAGAUCCACGCCGAGUUCACCCGGGCGGGCGUGAAGGUCCUGACCUUGAAUCCUGGAUCUCUCCGCUGCUUCCUCAAAGCGCUGCCUCUGGACCCGCCCUGUCGGGUCUCGGAGACGCCCCUGAAGGACCAGUCCAGCUGCCGCCGCCUCCUAGAGUUCUGCCUGGAGGAGCUGCAGAUAGGGGACGUCGUGGACCUGGAGGGGCUGCCACUCUCCGUGACCCACGACGGCAUGCUGCGGCCGUUCAGCACCCGGGAGCCGGUGUUCCGGAACAGAGCCCACUGCCUCUUCCCGCGGCAGCAUCACCAAUUCCUCGCCUACCACGUCAGCCACAAGCCGCUGCUGCUCCAGGCCGGCUUCCUGAAGGCAUUCACCCUGCAGGAGGCGGCCAGGUUCAUCCAGGAGGUGCUGGGGCAGCCGGACUGGGAGGCCCAGUCGGCAGAGUCCCGGCAGUGGCUGAAAGAGGUGUGGGAACUCUUCAACCACAUGAUCUAUGAGGCCAGUGAACUCAAGAAAGAAGUCAUGAGCAAGGCCUUCAGAGAGUUGGUCUCCCUCUUCGAGUACUCGGCCAUCCUCCCCAUCUGCAGCGACCAGCCUGGAGACGAGCGCCUGGUUCCUCUGGUCUCCCUGCCCAGCAUCAUCCAUGGGUACACCAGCGAGGUGGAAAACUCUCUGGGCAAGCUUGGCUUUGCCAAGCUGGAUAUCCUGAUGAUCCCCCAUGAUAUCCGCUUCCACUGCAUCCGCCCACACCUGCUGCAAACACACGACCCCGUUUCGGUGCUGAAGCAGCUGGCCGCUAGGACUGGUCUCCGUUGGGAUGAGCUGAAGUCCUAUGAGACCUUCGGGCUGUUGAGGUUCCUCACGCAAAAGGUGGAGGAGCUGGCGCAUGACCUGCUGGCUCAGCUCCAGUCCCUGCCCUUGUUCCAGACGCAUCAGGGGACGUGGGUGGCGCUGGCCUUUUACCACAACGUCUACAUCCUAGAGACCAAGUUUCCCAAGCUCUCGAAGGACUUCCAGGCCUUGUACCAGCUGGACCAGCAGACAGUCUUGCUCCAGGACAACGAUCUCCAUCAGGGGCUCUCCAAAAGUCUUGGCAUUGGCGUCUUGAAUGAUCUGCAGCAAUUCAUCCGCCAUCUCCUGCCCCGUCUGCCCCGUCUCCCAGAAUCCCAGCUGCUUGAGGCCUUAAGGCUGCUCUUCACCAUCCAAAGCCAGUACCGGGAGGAGUACCUGGCGGAGAAGAAGACCAUCGUCUCGGCCUUCGGGCCCGUCAGCUUCAUCCGGGACAAGCAGGGGGUCCUGCACCCAGCUUCCUACUUCUACGACAGAGAGGUGCUGCUCUUCCAGACGCUGCAGCUCGACGCCAGGUUUGUGCCCGACGCGUUCUUCCAGGAGGUGAGGGUGGAGAAGUUCACGGUGAACUCCUUCCUGCGGGAUGUGGGCAUGAAGUGGGAGAUCUCGGAGGACGACUUUGUGGAGUUUGCCACGCGGAUCGAGCGUCAGGCGGGGCAGGAAGGUGCGGCGGCCGGCGACCUCCCCGACCAGCGGAAGGCGCUUCUGUCGCAUCUGCUGUCCCAGCCCAGUGACUCCCUGUCGGACCGCUUCCUGGAGAGAGUCUCGUCCAUCCGCUUCCUCACCCCACGGAGGGUGCCGGACGAUCUGAGGAACUUCCAUCCACCCUGCGUCCUUCAGACACAGCCCGUGGCCCCCAAGGGUGCUCUGGUGGUGCCACGGAAGGAGGAUGUGGCCCUGGUUUGGACGUCGGCUGUGAUCCUUGCCCUGCCCUUCGUCCCUUGCAUGAAGAACGCCCGGUCCGUGCUGGAGCGUCUGGGAGUGCUGCAGGCCGUGCCAGCCCUGGUGGUCCUGGACAACCUGAAGAACGUGUGCCAAGCGCGGUGUGAGACCAAGGAAGGGUGGGAAACCCGGACCCGUGUCUUCAUGCAGACAUACGGCUACCUGGAGCGCGACUUGAGGGGCUUCAACGCCGACUGCCUGGCAGGGCUGCCGGUGGUGCUGGUGAAGGAGAAGCAGGUGGCGGAGGCCAGCCAGGUGGUCUUCUCCUUGCGGCAUGAGCAGGAGUUUCGGCCCUAUCUCUACACCGUGCCCCCGUUGGUGGCUGUCUACAGCGAGCUGCUGCAGAAGCUGGGCGUGGAGCAGGAGCCCUCCGUCCGGCACUACGCCCGGGUGCUGCGCCGGAUCCACCAGGAGACCCAAGACAAGGAAACCCUGCAGCCCAACCUCACCAAGACCGUCCAGCGGGCCACCCAGCAUCUCUUCCAGCUGCUCAGCCAAGGGAAAGCGGACUUUUCCGGGGUGGAAGAGCUCCAUCUGCCUUGCACCGAUGGGAAGCUCUACCGCUCCAAUACCCUGGUCUUCAGCGACUGUGCCUCUGCCGACGUUAGCCAAGCCUUGGGGAGCACCUUCCAUUUCCUGGUGGACCUCUCCAGAUGCCACCUGCCCUCUCCAGAAUACGACCCCUGGAAGCUGGUGCGGCAGCUGCCCCAGCCCCUGAGGCCCCAGCUCCUGUCAGAGAUCACGGAACUGCAGCUGGAGGAGGCCUCUCUAGAGCUGUGCCCUUACCGCGAGUUCUGCGAGAGGCGGAACCAGCUACAUGGCAUCCUGGUGUCUCCUGAAUUCCGGGAGGGCUUGGCGGCACUGCUGAGGUGGCAGAGACGGGACGAGGACGAAGAAGCGGAAAUGGCCAGGAGGGAGCGGGAGGUGGCUUUCUCUGCCGAGCGGCUGGAGGUGGUGUGCUGUGAGAAGAUCCAGACAGUGAUGAUGCACGGCGGGAAGCGGCUGGAGGGGAGCCAAGACUCCCAGGUUGUCCAUGUGGUCCUGCAUGCCGACGGGAGGCGCCGGGUCUACCUGCUGCACCAGGAGAGGAUGGAUAUGGGCCUGUUAGUCCAGAUCCUGGGCAGCCUGGCCCAGGAGGUGGACAGUAUUAUGGGAGGGAUGGUGCGUUGGAAAUCCAUGUCAAUCCUCAUGCAGAUGUUGGCCUGCAAGGACCCCGGCGAAGUGCUCAGCGUGCUGGAGAGGAAUGGGGUGCCCUUGCAACCCAGCACCCACCCCGACGCCUACACCCUGCCCAGCCCCGGUACGGAGAUCCCCCAGGAGUGGUAUGACAGCCUGGACAUGAGCAUCCUCAACACCUUCGCCUCGGGUGACUACGUGGGUUACCUGGACCCGGCGGCACCCGAGGAGCGCUACCAGUACGCCGUGGUGCUGGAAGUCCUGCCGGAUGGCACGGUGCCCAUGUACCGCAUCGACCUGGGAGCCGGGCGCCAGGAGGAGGUGAGCGCCAACGACCUGUAUCAGUUCAAGAGGAUCCAGGUGAAUGGCCGUGGCCGGGCGCUGGUGCCGGUGCCGGACCAGCAGCGGCAGCAGGAGAGGCAGGAAGCGUGGUACCGCCAGUCGCUGGGGCAGGUGAAGGAGGAGGUGGACACCUGCAUGGCCAAGAUCUGGGAGCUGCCCGAGGGGGAGCGGCGGAAGGCGAUCCGGCGGCUCUACCUUCGCUAUCACCCCGACAAGAACGUGGGGCAGGAGGAAAUGGCCAACGAGGUCUGCAAGUACCUGCGGGAGAGGAUCCAGGAGCUGGAGGAGGGCAGGAAGCCCCGGGCAGCAGGCAAUCCCUGCAGCCCCCAGGCCUCGGGCGGCUGGCACCAUUCCAGUAGCCACCGGGGCUUCUCAGCCUCGUGGGACGAAUGGGACGGGGAGGCCAGGCGCCACAGGCAGAGCCGCAGGGAGUUCACCGGCCAAAGGGACCAUGGUUUCCACUACGAUUUCUGGUCGUAUCACCGGGCCAAGGCAGCCCGGCGUCCCCAAGCCGAGGAGGCCGGGCGCUGGCUCCGGCAGGCCCAGAGCGACCUGCGGGCGGCUGGCCAUGACGUGGGGCAGCGCUGCACCAACUGGGUCUUCUACAAGGUCCACCGUACCGUGGAGAAGGCCCUGGCGGCUGCCGUGUACGACCGGGGGGAGCGCUUCGAGCGGGAGCAGACGCUGGCCUCGCUGGCGCAGAAGGUGGCAGCCUACGACCCUGGGCUGGAGGGGCUGCCGGCACAAGUGGCUGAACUGCGCCGGCACGGCGUGGACGACAAGACCACGCAGUAUCCCAGCUACCACCCCCCGCCCACCAUCCCCAAAGACGCCUUUCCGGCCGGAGAGGAGCAGGAGGUGCUGCGGCUGGCGCAGGGUCUGCUGGAUGUGGUGCAGGCGCACGUGGCCAGGCACUGA